CUGCUUUUGGGAUGAUGGUGUAACGGUGUGACACUACAUGUAGUGAGGACAGAUGCUCAUGAUGCACUUACUGUUCGUUUUACACUGACAAUCCAUCAAGUCGGACUGAUCCAUGGCUUUACAUCUGGAUAUGAGAGUUCAGCGUGAACAAUCUAACUACCAGAAUGUACAGAGGGAGAAGAAAACACCUCCCUCACCUGGAAGAGACGCUCAGUAUAGAGGAGCAUUCAGGCUGGCUGGAGUGUGCAUCGGUCUAAUGUGUAUCGUUCAGGCGACUCUCAACGUCGUCCUGAGGCUGUACCUUCUUUCUCAGAAACAUACGGAGCAGUUCUUCAUGGACUGUGAAAAUUACACGCUGGCCAAAUACAAUGUACUUAAUGAGGAGAAAAGACAGUUAGACAUCAACUACCUCAGCCUGGGUAAAGUGAGAGAUCAGCUACAGCAGGAGAAAGAUCAACUCCAGAGAAAAUAUUCCAACUUUGACGUCUGGAUCAGAGCAUCUCCAAAACUGCAGCUCUUGUGGGUUGUUCGUGGUCUGCCGUGGUCAGAAGGAACAGUGGUGAUCCGGCGACAGCUGAGGAUCAUUGAUGCAGCUGAGGAUCUCAGGAUGGGGUGGGUCUCCUUCAGGUCCAGUCUUUACUUCAUGUCUAAGGAGAACAAGACCUGGACUCAGAGCCAAGACGACUGCAUAAAGAAAAAUGCAAACCUCGUGAUCAUAACGAGCAGAGAAGAACAGGAUUUCAUUGAGUUGUUUAGAAGAGGAAAGCCGGCUUGGAUUGGUUUGAAUAACCAAAACACGGAGCGCUUGUUUAAAUGGGUGGACGGUACACCACUGCAAACUCCUUUCUGGUGGACUCAAGAGCCAAACAAUCGUAAUGGAGAUGAAAAUUGUGUUGAAACUGAUUACAGUCCCGAAGAUGGAAGACCAGUGGUUGAUGUCCUUAACACAUGGAACGAUAAUACAUGCAGUGCCAAGAAAUUUUGGAUAUGUGAGAAAACCAUUUCCAUUUAAAUCUCUGUAAAGAGAAAUGGAUUGUAGACCAGUAGAGCAAAAACACAUUGCAAAUGCUUUCAAUUCAGUGUGUCAUUUUUUUAUUAGCUACAUCCAUUAGUGUUUGUGUAUUACUAGCAUUUUUCAUAAGCGUUGUUAUAUUUUCUUAGUUUAUUUGAAUCGUAUUUUUCCAUGUCUGUAUGGAGGUUUUUUUAUUCUUGCUUUUAAAUAAAUGCAUUUGAUGUCUUAGUUGA